AUUUACUUUCUAAUGGUAUUGUUAAUCAUACUUUUUUACAAAUGUACCAUGAGCGACUGUUUGAACUCAUUAUUGAGCAACACUGUUUGAACGAAUUAAUGUGGAAUAAAGCCGAAAGACGCCAAAAUGUUUUGACCCAACUGGAAUAUGUGUGGGAACUACCUUCGUAUAGACAAAAAUCUCCAAAAAUUACCGAAUAUUCAUAUUCGCACCAAAUAGUUAAAUCCAUUUGUGAUUUUCUAUUGUAUAACAUCAAGGGGAUCGAUGUCGAAUAUAAUGGGCCAUCUGUAUCUACUCACAAUCGGAACGGAGGACAGUCUGGGCCAAGACGCUGCCCAGACUUAAUGGUAUCUAAGAGUUUUAGAUCACCUAAUCAUAAAUGGGAAUUCAUGCUUUGCGAAAUAAGCUAUG